UUUGAUAAUCAGAUUAAUGCUGCAAAAAAGGAAGACUCAGAGAGCAUUAAUAAAAAUGACACUUCAAAGAAGAUGUCUGUUGAGAGAGUUUAUCAGAAAAAGACUCAGCUUGAGCACAUCCUCCUCCGUCCAGAUACCUACAUUGGAUCAGUUGAACCAUUAACUCAGUUAAUGUGGGUUUAUGAUGAAGAUGUAGGAAUGAAUUGCAGAGAAGUUACCUUUGUUCCAGGCUUGUACAAGAUCUUUGAUGAAAUCCUUGUAAAUGCUGCUGACAAUAAGCAGAGGGACAAGAAUAUGACUUGUAUUAAAAUAUCCAUUGAUCCGGAAUCAAACAUUAUCAGCAUAUGGAAUAAUGGAAAGGGUAUACCAGUUGUGGAGCACAAAGUAGAAAAAGUAUAUGUACCUGCUUUAAUCUUUGGGCAGCUGCUAACGUCCAGCAACUACGAUGAUGAUGAGAAAAAAGUUACAGGUGGACGCAAUGGCUAUGGCGCCAAACUUUGUAACAUAUUUAGUACAAAGUUUACAGUUGAAACUGCUUGCAAGGAGUACAAACACAGCUUUAAGCAGACUUGGAUGAACAAUAUGAUGAAGACCUCUGAACCCAAGAUUAAGCAUUUCGAUGGUGAUGACUACACAUGCAUUACAUUCCAGCCAGAUCUAGCUAAAUUUAAAAUGGAAAAACUCGAUACGGAUAUUGUGGCCCUCAUGACGAGAAGAGCAUAUGAUUUGGCUGGGUCGUGCAAAGGAGUCAAAGUCAUGUUGAAUGGGAAGAAAUUACCUGUAAAUGGAUUUCGCAGUUACGUAGAUCUUUACGUAAAAGACAAGCUGGAUGAAACUGGAGUUGCACUCAAAGUUAUUCAUGAAGUCGUGAAUGAACGAUGGGAUGUGUGCCUCACUUUAAGUGAAAAAGGAUUUCAGCAAAUCAGCUUUGUAAAUAGCAUAGCUACCACAAAGGGUGGUAGGCAUGUUGAUUACGUGGUGGAUCAGGUUGUGGGCAAACUGAUAGAAGUGGUGAAAAAGAAGAAUAAAGCUGGAGUUUCAGUGAAACCAUUUCAGGUGAAGAAUCAUAUAUGGGUUUUUGUUAAUUGCUUGAUUGAAAACCCAUCCUUUGAUUCCCAGACAAAGGAAAACAUGACAUUGCAGCCUAAAAGUUUUGGGUCCAAGUGCCAGCUAUCUGAGAAAUUUUUUAAAGCAGCCUCUAACUGUGGUAUUAUAGAGAGUAUUUUGAACUGGGUCAAAUUUAAGGCACAAACUCAGCUGAAUAAAAAAUGUUCAUCAGUGAAACACAGUAAAAUCAAGGGCAUUCCGAAACUGGAUGAUGCUAAUGAUGCUGGUGGCAAACAUUCCUUGGACUGCACAUUAAUAUUAACAGAAGGAGACUCUGCCAAAUCUUUAGCUGUCUCUGGCUUAGGGGUUAUUGGCAGAGACAGAUAUGGAGUAUUCCCACUCAGGGGUAAAAUUCUCAAUGUUCGAGAAGCUUCUCACAAACAGAUUAUGGAAAAUGCAGAAAUCAACAACAUCAUCAAAAUAGUUGGACUACAGUACAAGAAAAGCUAUGAAGAUCCAGAAUCUCUGAAAAGUUUGAGAUAUGGAAAAAUUAUGAUAAUGACCGAUCAGGAUCAAGAUGGAUCUCACAUAAAAGGCUUGUUGAUCAACUUUAUUCACCACAAUUGGCCAUCACUGUUGAAACAUGGUUUUCUUGAGGAAUUCAUCACUCCUAUUGUAAAGGCAAGCAAAAAUAAGCAAGAACUUUCAUUCUAUAGUAUUCCUGAAUUUGAUGAGUGGAAGAAGCAUAUGGAGAAUCAUAAAGCAUGGAAGAUAAAAUACUACAAAGGUUUGGGUACCAGCACUGCUAAGGAAGCAAAAGAAUAUUUUGCUGACAUGGAAAGACAUCGUAUCUUAUUUCGAUAUGCUGGUCCUGAAGAUGAUGCUGCCAUUACACUGGCCUUCAGUAAGAAGAAGAUUGAUGACCGAAAAGAAUGGUUAACGAACUUCAUGGAGGACAGACGACAGCGUCGGCUACAUGGCCUUCCUGAGCAAUUUUUGUAUGGUACAGCAACAAAACAUUUGACUUACAAUGACUUCAUUAACAAGGAGCUGAUCCUUUUCUCAAAUUCAGACAAUGAGAGAUCUAUCCCUUCCCUUGUUGAUGGUUUGAAACCAGGGCAACGCAAAGUUUUAUUCACUUGCUUUAAGAGAAAUGAUAAACGUGAAGUAAAAGUUGCUCAGCUGGCUGGUUCUGUUGCUGAAAUGUCAGCUUAUCACCAUGGGGAGCAAGCGUUAAUGAUGACUAUUGUCAACUUGGCUCAGAACUUUGUUGGCAGUAACAAUGUUAAUCUGCUACAGCCUAUUGGUCAGUUUGGUACCAGGCUUCAUGGUGGAAAGGAUGCUGCCAGCCCUCGCUAUAUUUUUACCAUGUUAAGCCCUUUAGCAAGGCUGCUUUUUCCAUCAGUGGAUGACAACUUGCUUAAAUUCCUUUAUGAUGACAACCAGCGUGUGGAGCCUGAAUGGUAUAUUCCCAUCAUUCCCAUGGUUUUAGUAAAUGGAGCAGAAGGAAUUGGUACUGGAUGGGCUUGCAAACUUCCAAACUACGAUACUAGAGAGAUUGUAAACAAUGUCAGACGAAUGCUGGAUGGCUUAGAUCCCCACCCAAUGCUCCCAAACUACAAAAACUUCAAAGGAACCAUUCAGGAACUUGGUCAAAACCAGUAUGUAGUCAGUGGUGAAAUAUUUGUGGUGGACAGGAACACAGUAGAAAUUACAGAGCUUCCUGUAAGGACAUGGACCCAGGUGUACAAAGAACAAGUUCUAGAACCUAUGUUGAAUGGGACUGAAAAAACUCCAGCAUUAAUUUCUGACUAUAAGGAAUACCACACUGAUACAACUGUGAAAUUUGUUGUGAAGAUGACAGAAGAAAAACUUGCACAGGCAGAAGCUGCUGGACUGCACAAAGUCUUUAAGCUUCAAACAAGUCUUACUUGUAAUUCUAUGGUGCUAUUUGAUCAUAUGGGAUGUUUAAAGAAGUAUGAAACUGUGCAGGACAUCCUGAAGGAGUUUUUUGAUUUGCGAUUACAUUAUUAUAGUUUACGCAAGGAAUGGCUUGUGGGAAUGUUGGGUGCAGAGUCUACCAAGCUUAACAAUCAAGCUCGUUUUGUUCUGGAGAAGAUACAAGGAAAAAUUACCAUAG